AUGGCUGCGGUUCGGCCUGUGAGUCUGCCUCCUGGGCGGGCCACGGGAGGGACUACGUCCGUGUGGCGUUACCUCCUCGUUCUCGCGGUCGUUUCGCUCGUCUCGCUCGUUUCGCUCGUUUCGCCUGUGGAUUCCAAGAAGACCUUCAGCCCUCCACCCGCCCAGCCCAUAAUCCUGUGCUCUUUGAACGUGAUAGUGUGUGGGGCCAACGGUCAGAUGUACCCGUGCAGGGAAAUGGCGCCUAAGGGAAUGGCCACCACCACCGACCUCUCCAAGUGCCGGCCUCCUGGGGAUGUGAUCGUGACGCCUUCGGAAGCUCAAUGCCCCGUUAAAGCCCCUAAGGUGUGUGCUAGUGACGGGAGAAACUACCCCUGUGCUAACGUGGCACCCAAGGGGCUGCUGACGACGACAGACCUAUCUGCUUGCCAGACACCUGCCACGUGUCCCUGGUCCACGUCAGCAUACAGCAAAUCCAGCCUGGCACUCCUGGCCAAUGAAUGCAGCACCCUCGCUCCCUCCUCCUCUUCCUCCACACCUCUUCCCAUUACCUCCUCUCUGAUUGGCUGCUGCGCUGCCACGUCAGCACUCCUCCAAUCCACCGCCAUCGCCACGGCAAAGGCUAAAUCGCCGAGGGUAAAUACCCCUGCGGUUUACAGCGCCCGUGCCGGGCAGUGCAUGAAGGAGUUUGUACCCUAUAUACAAUCACCCAAAGCGGCAUUUGCAGCAGCUACAGCAGCAUCAGCAGCAGCGGUUGCGGUACUUUCUAAGUUUAAUCCGGUGCUACAGUGCGGGCGGCUGGGGUUUGGGGCGGCACAAUUUGGACUGGAGGGAGGCAAGGGCGCGUGCAGGGGGAUAACUACAGAGGCCCAGCUCACAUCCGCGUUAAAAGCCUCUCCAGUAUGGUGGGUGAGCAGCUACAUGAAGAAAGACUGCAGCAGCACCACCGGCAGCACUGGCCGGUGUUCAGACUGCGCAAAGCAGGUCUCCACCCUCUUUGAUGCCCUUAUCCGCCCCGGAGACACCGUUUCUCAGAAGCAGCGCUGCUGGGCUUUAAUUGCCUACUAUGCGGCAUCUUCACUCGGCAACUCCACCAGUCAGAGCAACGGCAUUGCCCUUUGCCUGCAUAAGAACGCUCCUUCCUCCCUCCUGCCUCCGGGGACCUCCAUCAAGGCCGCUACUAUCAACGCACCUACAAAUAAGACUAUUUUAAAGCCUCGUAGUAGUCUGCCUGCCGUCAAGCCUACUAUUAAGGCCGCUCUCUAUGCGGCUGAUUCCCAGCAGGUCCUGGAUCCUCCCGCAACCUCCACCUUCCGCGCCGCAGCCGACACGUCACCAGAUGCCAGCUCAGCGCCGUCCACGUCAGCGCAGUCCACAUCAGCAACGGCGAUAAUCGUCGCCAGCGUGGCGCUGGCGGUCCUGCUGGCAGCAGUGGUGGCAGCGACGAUCCUAGCUGUCAGGGGGGCGCGGCACCACAUGCACAGGCAGCGACUCGCCUCCUCCAUCUCGAUCUACCCCAGUGGUUCCGUCUCCGCGGCUUUAACUGCCGGCACGCCUCUUAAAGCAUCGGUUUCAGGCGGCAUGCACUCCCCUGUGCGGCGCCGAGCGGGCGUGCUUGCUGCCACUCCUGUUGCUCCUGUCACUCCUCUUAAACUGGUGGCACCCAAGGGAGGGGAGAAGUAG